AUUACAGCACAGGAUGGCAGGACUGAGACUAAUUAAAUCUAGAAGAGCUCUUUAAGUAGAUGAUGACUCUACUUGAAACAUUUUUAUUAGUUGAGUUACAGAAUAAAUAAUAAUUGACCGGCAAUUUGAAAUUCAUUUGCAGACACAUUUAACAGUGUGUGUGUGUUCACCCUUUUCUCAGGCUGGCCCCAAAGAAUUAAGUUUUGCUCUCUCAGUAAAAAAUCUGACUACGCUUCCUACACACAUUCCCCACAGUUCCUGACUUGUCAAAGCUAAUCUCUGGCACUUAAACAAAUAAGCUAGUCCACUAUCAAAAGAAAUGGAAACUAGAAUUUACCAUUGAUACUAAUUACUAGUUAUAUCUUCUAGACAUUACUUUCUGAAAGAAAAUGAUAACUCACUAGCAAAACCUAUCAAGAGGUAUGGGCAUAAGUACCAGAAGUUUUCCACGGAGACCUCUAUCCAGGCCAGGUGGGAAGGCCCCAGUGAGGGAAGUGAGUGCAGGCAGGGAGACAGAUGAAGCCUCUGCCAUGCCUUCUCAGGUUCGCUAGGUAACUCCGAGCCUGGGUCUGCGAAAAGCCCACAAUCCAGUGAGGAACUCGGGCGUGAAGAUCUCUUCCCAAGUGUUACAGCUCUUGGAACAAAAGGGUCAGACAAAGAAUAGUUCUCGCAUUCCUUUCAUUCCCUGCAUGGCUCUCCUAUAUACAGUUCUUGCCGAGAUUUAGAGUUUGACAGCAAGCCCCUCUCAUUGGCUUGGGCUGAGAGUUUGGGGAACACCUAUUUGCAUGUGAGAGGGCGUGGUGCUGCUCCUAAGUGGCUGAUAGCCACGCCUCUCUUGUGGGGGUUGUGGGGGCGGGAACUCCUGGAGACAUGAGAGAACUCCUUCCGUCCCAUGUAGGUGAAUUAUCACUCCCGGGUCCCAGGGUUCGAGAUCUAGCCUCGACUGGAAACCAGGCUGUCUGCACGUAGCCCAUUGCCCCACAAAGAGGAUUAUUGAAAAGCGGUCAGUUCUUCUGAAAGAAAAAUUGCAACUUUGUGAAUAAUGACAGAGUGGGUAGGAGCAUCAUACAGCUUCCUUUCUUCCUCUUUCUUUUUUUACACCUCAUGAAUACUUGAAAACCACAAUAAGAAUCAAUUUAUUAUCUAUCUAUAUAUCGAUCUAGGGGUGUUUUUUUGGGACAGAGAUUCUCCGUGCAGUCCUGGCUUAAGACCAGGAUGACCUCUAAUUCAGAGAUCUACUUCUUCUGCUACUAUUUCCUAGUGCUGGAAUUAAGACAUAAUUGACAAACAAAAUUAAAAGUUAGUUUCUGGAAGGAAAAAAAAAAAAAACUUUAUAUUUGUUUCAUGAAGAAAGCUCGCGGGCAGGCACACACACACAAACUCAAAGCAAAGCAAAGCAAAACAAAACCCAAAAAAAUUCCUCCAAUUUGCCGAAGGAAGACCAAAACUGGAUGUAGGAGUAUGUCCCAGGUCUUAGGAACUCGAUGAAAAAGCCCUGACGCAAGAAACAAGCAAGGUAGACUGGCAAAUUUUGAGAACACAUGAGACAGCGUGGUUGGUUGACAGGGAAGACACCGAGCUCAAAAGUGACAUUAAUUAAUUAAUUAAUUAAUUAAAAAUUAAAAGAUAAAAACAAUAGUAAUAAUAACAACAGCAACACUGCCUUUUGUUUUUUGUUUUUGUUUUUUUCCCCUAGAGCCUGGAGUCUGUGGCAAGCAAGGAAUUGAUUAGGGGAAUGCAAGGUUCCUACAAACAGGAGGCAAGAAAGCAGGACAUGGAGCAAGAAGGACGACAUGCCGUGACUCGGAUUCGAACCGAGGUUGCUGCGGCCACAACGCAGAGUACUAACCACUAUACGAUCACGGCGAGCCACGCGCCCGGCGACGUAAGGUACGCGUCCGCAGGGUGCAGGCGCUGUUGGCCGAGCCUCGGUCAAUCCAGUUCCGCCGGGUCCCGCGCGGCCCUCGGCGUCCGCUCCCCGCUGGGCGUCGACGCCCGGACUGAGCUGCCCGCCCCGGCAGAGCGCAGGCCGGCGCCCGGUGCGGACCGCGGAGCGGUCUCUGCUCGCCUCAGAGGCUUCAGCCCGGCCUGUCGUCCCGCAGACGUGACUGGUGCCCGCCGCGUCGGGAGCCCCGCCGAGCGCACGCGCCUGGGCGUCAGCUGGAGCACCCACGGUGAGGUUGAGGUGGAUGAGAGGGAGCGAUGGUCGAGGCACACUCUCAGUACCUGGACGUCUAAGGCAUGGGAAGGAAAGACAGAGGGAGAGGACUCAUCAGAGCUCUGCCCACAGCUUCUGAGGAAGAGAGACACGUUCCGGAGCAUUUUGCAGUUAUCUCCUAUCUAGCUACAGGUGGAGGUCUGAGUCCUGAGUACUCUCACUGAAGUUUCUAGAUUUUUUUGUGUUCCAGAAAGCUAGCUGAGACGAGUUUACUGACAAAGGAGGUGCAGAGGAACACAGACUCGAGCCCCUUCACCGUCAUUUACACGGCAUCUGCUUCUUCCUUUUGUGUAUCGUGGGUUUUCCUCACCCAUGGCCUUUUAUUGUAUGUAGCCUGGCCGCGGAAGAGUCUGCAGACUCUUAAAAAAAACAAAACAAAAACAAAAACAAAAAAAACAAUACCUGUGAAAAACAGGAGGUGAGGCCCCCAAGGAGCCCAGAAGGAGCCCCUUUCUAACAACAGCUGGAAGAAGAGGAAGAAGUGGGGGGAAGGGACUAUUUAAGAUGCUUGAAGUUGCUGAGAAACUCACCAGAGACAGUGUGCUUCCUGCUCUGUGAGCCCCUCCCUCUGUGGCUGCAAGUCUCAGGCCCCUUCUUUCUGGAAGCAUUCUCCUUGCCUUAGUCUCAGAAAACAGGCCCAAGUCAGCUGGAGCUAGUAGCUCAUGUCUGCAAUCCUAGCCGUUGAGAGACUGAGGCAGGAGGACCACAGCGACCUCGAUGCUGUACCACAGGACGAUCUGAAGGUAGCCUGGGCUGCGGUCCUGUCAAACAAACAGAAUCGGUGACCUGUGUAGUUCUAGGUGUGGGGACUGUUUUUCUGUGGGUAAGGUAGUCCUCCGGGCUCCAGGACCUGCCUUAUUUGCUCAAGUGGGGAUAGAGAGAGAGUAGUUCCUGCAUCCUCUCCCCACUCGGCACACAGCACAACCCCCACUGUCGCACUAGCUGAGGUGCAGUGUUCACACACUGUGGUCCUAUUCAUCAGGACCAAAAUCAGAUGAAUGGCUCUCGCUCAAAGACAGAGCAAGUGCUCAAUAUGCCCUAGGCCUUAGGAUAGCUGCCCAGUGUGCUUACAAGCACACACACACACACACACACACCACAAAAGCACCUAAUGAAGGACUGAUAGCCAGGCCAACAGCAACAGAUUUAAAAUGCAUGGCAGUGAUGUGGCAGGGAGGGAGGGGGCAGAGGAGAGAGUACAUUCAGUCAUGUGACUCCUCAACAAAAUUUAGGUUGGGGGGAAUGGCAUUGGCCUUUAAGUGCUCCAGAGGUCAGGGAAGAGGCUGAGGCAGAGGUAGGCACAUCUCUGUGAGUUCUGAAUGCAAAGGGGGCACAGUAAAGGAACUGCAACAGGACCCCUCCAUGGUUGGUCAAAAGGCAGGCUUUUAUUGUAGGUAAAAGAGAAAAUACAUCAAGAUAUAUAUGCAGGGACCAAAGUACUGUAAGAACCUGAGUGUGGACCACUUCUUUCAAUAUCCAAGCAGUUAUAUAUUUUACUUUAUGUGAAAUAAUGUUUAAUACUUUUAUGUUAGAAUAGAAAUUGUGGAAAGAGUCAUCCUGAUACCACAUGUCCUAAAGCGACUGAGAAGAAAGUCUCUGAUAAAAGACCACAUCCAUAACUGGACAAAUAAAGCCCGAUGUAUUUUGGGGGUUCCUGGGAGUGGACAACUGGCUGCCUCACUCUAAGUCAAGACUUAAAAGAGCAGCCCUUGCUGCCUUCUUGAAGUCUGUUUUAUAGGAGAGCUACCAUGUUCACAGGUAUGCGAUCGAAAAAUCCAUAGAAAGGGAAGGACCAAGGGUAUUGCUAUGUGAAUGGUUUGCAAGCAGUUUACAGCAGAUCCAAGAAACAGGAACGUCUCUUUGUUUUAACAUAAUAUUUUCAUUAGUUAUGUGGGAAUCUCAUGUCAUACAUUCCUAUCCCCCUCACCUCCCAAUCCUCCCAUGUCUGCUCCAUGUCCCCCCCCCCCCAAAUGAAAGGAAUAGAGAACAUGGUCAAAGUCCUAGUGGCCAUCCCAUGCCUCCCAAGGGAGGCUGAGCUGUUCUCCACCUGCAUCCUUGUCAGAGGCCAUUGACCAUGGAGAGCUAUACUCCAGACCCCCCAACAGAGUUUUUUUUUUUUAAAUCUCUCUGGACUGUUGCCUUCGAGGUGGGGUGUAGGCAGGCGUUGGCACAGAAGCCUUUCAUGUUCGUCUACUGUCUGCAGCUAUUCCUACGGCUGCAAGGGUGGCUUCAUUGCCUUUCACAGCGGAAGCAUGGAUCCUAGGAUCACACGAGUUUCUGGCAACAGCACAGCACAGGAACAUUUACUUGGUCUCUGGUUUCAGCCUGUGCCAAGGACCUCUGCCUGAUGUCCAGUAGCACUUAUAGUCCACAGGUAUCAGUAUGGUCCUCUGUGGCCUCUGGGGCGAGCAUGGACCAUGGAGGUCUUUUGAGGAGGUCCAAUCCAGGAAAGGGAACCACUCUUCAUCUCCAGCAUCCGUCACAGCUGUCGUGUCUCCAGUUCUGCCAUGUGCACACCACUCUGUAGGCUUAGGUUUUUCAAGCCCUACUUUAUUUAGGGUUCUUUAAUGCCUCAACCUCUCUGCUAGCCCACUGACAGAAGGCAGGGGAGAAAGAUGGCUAAUAAGACGGAGGGGGUUGUGGGCCUGUUGAGAAGUAGUUCUUUGGGUGGGCGAUUCCAAUCUUUGUUAUCAGGAUAACAACAGUCCAGUCCAAUAGCAAAAACCAAACUCAAAUCAGUAGCAGCUGCUUAAUCUAGCAGAAACCACAAGGUUCUGCCAAAUUGGCAGAAGUGACAAGAAGCAGCCAGAAUACCAUGAGAAGUUUUUUGACGAGUUUCUCUCUACAAAGUCACAACAAGCAAAGGCCAGCAAAGCAAUGCGAGAGAGUCACUGACUGUCUGUUGGGUUCAGUUUUAUACCCUUUCCAAACAUCAUGCCUCCUCUCAAGUGUCUGCCUCAGCAAAACAUCCUCUCACAAGACAGCUUCCAGAGCGACAUCUCAUGACACAACGGGUCUCCAAAGGAAGGAAAAAUUUCCAUAUUACUACUUAGCUCUUCUAUCUUUCCAGCUUCUCCAUCGCACGUUCAUCGACGUAGCACCAUUGGAAGCUGCCGUGUGUCACACAGUAUAUCCCCUUUUGCCCAAAAUCGCUUUAAUGAAUGGUCACUGCAGUGCAUCACUGGUCUGGUUCAAGGGCUCUGGCUUCUGCUACACCAUCAAUACUGGAUCCUCACUGGGACUCCUUUUGGACAUCCUGCUGUUGCCAAGAGCCAUGGAGAUCCUGCAGCUUUAUUCCCAGGACCUGCCCCUUCAUGUGCCCAGCAGCUCAUACAUGGAUGGAGUAGAUGUGGGGGGUGGGCCACUCAGUGCCCUGCAUCUGGGUUGAGUGAUAGCCGAGUUGGUCAGCCCUGCCCUCCACUGGGACCCCACACCACAGAGCUGACCUACAGUUAGUGGCGGUGACACGGUAACAUAUUCUUAAUUACAAAUAGAAACCUUACUUUGCAAGGACUUAACACAGGGAAAACAGUAACUUCUCACUUACAAA